AUGGAAUCAAUUAAGAAUGCUCUCACUCAAGCAGGUGACUACGUUCAACAAGCAGCACAUACUGUAGUAGAAGCUAUCCGUGGUAAUGAAAAUGAAGAAACACCAAAAGAUGAUGCUGAUCAUUCCAAAGGUAGUGAUGAUGAUGAAAAAAAAGAGAAAAAUAUUGAUAGUAAAACAAAAAAAUUUGAUAAAGAACAAGAUGCUACUCUUCAAAAAAGUGAAAUAACAUCUACAGCUGGUGGUUAUCAAGAUUCAGCACAAAAAAGUGAUGCAAAAGUAUUAGCCACAUCAUGGCCAGAUUUAAAAGGUAAAACACGUCAAGAAGCUGAAGAAAGAAUUAAAGCUAAAGGUUAUUCAAAUAUUAAAAUUAUGAAAAAAGGUACAUCUUCAACAACUGAACAUGAUGAAUCCCGUGUUAUGUUAUUUGUUGAUGAUAAUGAUAUUGUUGUUGAAGAACCUAAAGUUGGUUAAUU